GCAAGUUACAGUAUUAGUGGGUUGGUGUUAGAGUCCGGUUGCUUCACUUGCUGCACUGACACUGCGUCGGUGCGAGUCAGUCAGCAGCACUGCUUCCUCCUCUUCUUCCUCACUUUCGCAGUCACCAUAGCCACAGCCAUGAGGUCCCUCUUGCUCGCCGCGAUCCAAGUCCUCAUCUUCGCUCUCGUCGGCUGCAGACCUCCGUCUUCCUGCCCGAGAGGGCAGUUUGUGCUCAAGAGCCAGUGCGUCCUCUGCCAUCCCACCUGCUCCGAGUGCAGGGGCCAUGAGCUGUUUGAGUGCACUACCUGUGGAGUGGAUGAAGAGGGACAGGAACGUUUCCUCCACCAAGGUCGCUGUCGGACGCACUGCCCCCGCGGACUGUAUCCUGACAGGGGUCGCUAUGCCUGCCUGCCCUGCAUAGCCAAUUGUGAACUCUGCGCAGAUGGCAACAUAUGUGCUAAAUGCCGCGAACACUACAAACUCCAUAACGGGCUCUGUCAAAUGACACUCUGUGAUAUAGGACAAGUGCAGGAUCCCGAUACAGGCGGAUGUAUUGACUGUGAGAUGGGCUGCAAAGCAUGCGCCGUAGAAGAUCCUGAGAUUUGCACCAGUUGUGUUCAAGGUUACCUUCUUUUCAGACACCAGUGUCGCAAGCACUGUCCUCGGAGCACAUACGAGGACCGGGGCAGGGGUGUGUGUCUUCCCUGCCCAACGCCCUGCACAGACUGUGAGAGUGAUGCACUGUGUCUUGCCUGCCAGCCAGAUUAUUUCUUAAACGGAGGCAAAUGUGUGAAACAGUGCUCCCAACGAACCUAUAGUGACACCACAGGGUGGCGCUGUGAGCCUUGCCACAGCUCCUGCCAUACAUGCCACGGGCCUCGGUCAACAGACUGUGACCUCUGUCUGGGAGGCAACCCCCCUCUUCACGGGCAGUGUCCUCUGGCAAACUGCCCGUUGGGGCACUACUUUGAUGCAUCGUAUGGUAAGUGUCACACUUGUGAUGGGUCCUGCAAGACCUGCUUUGGGCCUCAAGCACUGGAUUGCUCCUCGUGUUCUAAAGGGUUUUUUCUAGACCAGGAAAGUUCUUGCGUGGCUCAGUGCCCCCCCGGCUCCUAUGCCAACUCGGCCACUGAGCUGUGUGAGAACUGCUCGCCGAACUGCGAGGCCUGCGUGGGUUCCAGUGAGAACUGCAUUGGCUGUACCAAAGGCAGCUUUAAGCUCUUUCUUCACCAGGGGAGAUGCUGGUCAAAUUGCCCAGAAGGGUACUUUGAGACAGCAGAGGGGUCAUGCGACGCCUGUGAUAGUUCCUGUCUCACGUGUGACGGGUCCAGUACAAAGUGUCUGUCCUGUGCUGACGGUCGCUUUUUGGAGGGUGGCGUGUGCACACUCAACUGUUCACUGGGGGCUUACCCUGCAGACGACGGGACCUGCAGGCGCUGCCCCCCGCACUGUGACGUUUGCUCGGACGACAGGACCUGCUUCAAGUGCAGUUUCUUGUACCUGAUGCUGAACGGUGCAUGUAAGGCUAAUUGUCCCACGGGCUACUUUGAAGACAUGGAGGGGGGCCGCUGUGCUCUAUGCCACCCGACAUGUAGCAGCUGUUCUGGGCCUUUGGCAGAUGACUGCGAGACCUGCUCCACAUUUACUCACAAACUCUAUAAGGGUGCAUGCUCAAAAGAGUGCCCAACUGGCACCUACUAUGAAGCAGCAGCUACAGAGUGCCAAGAGUGCCACCAGACAUGUGCGAGCUGCUCCGGUCCGGACCCAAACCAGUGCACCCAAUGCGAACGAGGCCUGGUGCUGGAUCCGAACACCUUGCUAUGUGGUGUGACCGGCGAUAGCUACUGCCCACCGAGGACCUUUCUGCACGACGACCAGUUCACUUGCAUGGGCUGCCACCGCCACUGCUACUCCUGCGAGGGGCUCGGCAGCGACGAGUGCCUGACGUGCGCCAUCCCCAGAUACCUUCACAACAGGACCUGCGUGAGAGAAUGUCCGGCUGGUACGUACACGGACGGGCAGGAGGCAGAGGGAACCCAGCUGGGGUUCUGUUUGCCCUGCGACCACGUGUGCGCCACCUGCACGGGGUCAUCGCCCAGAGACUGCCUCACGUGUUCCCCGAGAUUCCUGCGCCUCCUUCAUCUCUGUGUCCGCCAUUGCCCGACCGGGUACUACCAAGCGGGCUCCAACUGUGAGAGAUGCCACCACUCGUGUGAGAUGUGCACAGGUCCCGGGCCCGAGUCCUGCCGGGCCUGCCUGCCCCCACUCUUGGAGCUGCAAGGCACUAAGCUGUGCGUGGAGCGCUGCCCACAGCGCUUCUACCGCCUCGAUGACGUGUGUCUGCAAUGCCACAUCAGCUGCCACACCUGCACAGACGCCUCCCCUCAGAGUUGUAUGACCUGCGACAAUGGCAGCACGCUAAAGGACAAAGUCUGCUAUCCACGCUGCGAAGAGGGGAUGUACUUUACUGAAGAGGCCACCUGUGCGCCGUGCGACAGUUCGUGCAAGCUUUGCAGCGGCUCCAGACCUGACCACUGCCUGAGUUGUCACCGAGAUUCCGGCCUUCACGCCGUGGAGAACCGCUGCGCUCCCUGCUGUGAGCCGGAGGGGAACCUCACGGACUGCUGCGUCUGCGACAGCCGCUCAGCUCUGUGCAUGGAGGCCCCCGAGGCCAAGUCAGGAGAGGAUCCGAUAACGGGCAAGAGCAUGUCUACGAGCGUCCUCCAUCACACUUGGAGCGCCGCUCCGAUCGCGCUACUGGCCGCCCUGGCUAUCGCUCUGCUGGCCUUCGCCUUGGUGACGGCCCGAGCGCGGAGGAGGCUUUGCUGGAAGCAGAGUUACGAGAGACUGAGCGGUGGCGCCAACAUGCCCCACGGUGUACCCGAACCGGACAGCGGCGACGAGGUGGACGUGGUGUACACGAGUCGGGACGGCUCCGUGUACCGCCGCUACAGUUUUAUCCAUGAGCUCGACUCGGAUCGGCAUGUGGAUGAGAGUACUUGUCUCAACCAGUCCUAGGUUUGACCCGCCAGAGGGUCAACGACUUAAUCAUAACCAGAAAAUGUUCACAUUGACCUGCAAAAAAACCGACUGAAAGCACCGAAAUGUUGAUUGCAGGCCAGUAGUUGGCGGUCACUUUCUGUUGUUUGAAUGCCCCUUAAUGAGUUUGUAGAGGAAAUUUAAAGGGACAGUAAUGCUCACAAUAGCAAUAGGAAGUUUCUUUAUAAUUGAAUCCAGUGUAAAAUGGAAUGUUUUUGUUUUGUUUAUUGCUCUUUAAGUUAUGUUUCUAAUGAAGUUAGGUGGUCUUGUGAUGUUUCCCACCCUUUGGGCCAAAGGGAAAGAUCUCCGCACUAAAUCUGAUGAUGAUAAAUCAAAUUGGUCACGUUUUCUACACGUCAAAUCCCCUCCUGGUUUGAAGAACACAAAACUCUUCUUCUGUUGUAUGUAUGGCCACAGGGUGGAUGCACAAGUUAAUUGUACUUUCUGCCAACUUGGAUAAGUACAUUUUAAUUGUUCUGCGUGUCACAAUAUGUUGCUGGCAUACUGUAUAUAGAUGACAUGGAUAUUUUAUUUCUAAUGAAUAAAUAAGGGGCGGCACGCUGGGUCAGCCGGAAAGCGUUGGCCUCACGGUUUCUGAGGUCAUGGGUUCAAUUCCGGACCCGCAAGUGUGGAGUUUGCAUGUUCUCCCUGUGCCUGGGUGGGUUUUCCCCGGGCACUCUGGUUUCCUCCCAUAUCCCAAAAACAUGCAACAUUAAUUGGAAACUCUAAAUUGCUCUUCGGUGUGAUUGCGAGUGCGGCUGUUUGUCUUGAUGUGCCAUGCGAUUGGGUGGCAACCAGUUCAGGGUGUACCCCACCUCCUGCCUGUUGACAGCUGGGAUAGGCUCCAGCGCUCCCCACGACCCUCGUGAGGAUAAGCAGCAAAGAAAUGGAUGGAUGAAUAAAUAAGACUCUUUGGACCAAUUUAGUGAAAUUGAAUAAUUUUCUAUGAACUGUCUGACAUUUCUGAGGUUUGGACAUUCAGUUUGCACAUUCUCCCCAAGCCUGCGUGGCUUCUCCGGGUGCUCCCACACUUGCUGUCAUAUUUCAAAAUGUUAGCUUGAUGGAAGAAAGUUGUUAAUAGAUGUUAGUUAAGUUGUCAGUAGGUGAGAAAGGUUGUGUGUCGGCACAGGAUGCGCGUUGGCCUUUGCAGGCAAACAGUCAAGGGUGCCCAAGUCAGCUGAGAUGGGCUCCAGCAAACCUGUGACACUAAUGAAGACGCUCACUGUAGAAAAUAAUGAAUGGAUGAUAUUAGGUGCAAUGACUUCAUCUUCAUCCAUCCAUCCAUUUUCUUAGCUGCUUAUCCUCACAAGGGUUCACAGGAGUGCUGGAGCCUAUCCCAGCUGUCAAUGGGUACACCUUGAGCUGGUUGCCAGCCAAUCGCAGACCACAUCAAGACAAACAGCUGGACUCACAAUCACACCGAGGGGCAAUUUAGAGUGUCCAAUUAAUGGUGCAUGUUUUUGGGAUGUGGGAGUAAACCGGAGUCCGUGGAGAAAACCCACACAGGCACGGGGAGAACAUGCAAACUCCACAGAGGCGGGGCCGGGAUUUAAACUAACUGUCCAGUUGCACCAUAGUCCUACCCUAUAAAGAGCAUUUAUUUUUAAUUACAUCCAUCGCAAAACAGAGACGAUCAAUGCUUGCAAACUUUACAUUCUUCUUUUUUGGCACUCGACCUGACACAGUUUACAAUCAAAGCAAGUACCCAUGAUGAUGGUUUUGAACCCUCCCACCUCUCAUGGGCCAUUUUGAUUUUGUUGUACAAAGUGCCUGCAUCUUGAUACUGUGAUGGAAAUUGUUACCCAAAGGUAAUGAAAGUAAACACGGAUAAAUUAAAGUCUGACUUUUAUUUUCUUUGAUGUGCUA